AUGAGUGCCCAGAUUCGGCCAGGGGGUACAAACACUUUGAUUAGGAUGCUUGCAUGUGAUAGGGGUAAUGCAGUACCCGGUCGUAGCCGGUUCCUUCCGCCUAUCACUUAUGUAACAGCUCCAUCAAGGGACUCCUCCAACUACGCCUUACGUCUUGUCAUGUCAAACCAGUCCUUCCGCACUGAGCGUGACACCUUCGGUGAGCUCCAGGUCCCAGCCGAUCGCUAUUGGGGAGCACAGACACAACGGUCGCUACAAAACUUCGAUAUUGGUGGUCCCUCACAACGGCUACCGCCUCCCCUAAUCAAAGCCUUCGGCGUGGUGAAAAAGGCAGCAUCCAUCGUUAACGCCAGCUAUGGCCUAGAUCCUAAAAUAGGCGAAGCCAUCCAGAAAGCAGCUGAUGAUGUCAUUUCCGGUAAGCUCAUGGACCACUUUCCCUUGGUUGUCUUUCAGACCGGAAGUGGAACUCAAACCAACAUGAACGUAAACGAGGUGAUUUCGAAUCGCGCGAUAGAACUUCUUGGCGGCGAACUCGGUUCCAAGAAUCCGGUUCAUCCCAAUGACCAUGUUAACAUGAGCCAGAGUAGUAACGACACCUUCCCAACAGCUAUGCAUGUCGCCGCUGUGACUGAAAUUAGUCACUCGUUGCUUCCGGCAUUGACAGGACUCAGGGAUGCACUUGACGAAAAGGUUCAGUCAUUCAGCCACAUUAUCAAAAUCGGACGCACGCACUUGCAGGACGCUACUCCCCUGACCCUUGGUCAAGAGUUCAGCGGAUAUGUCCAGCAAAUCGAUAAUGGCAUCGCUCGUGCUAAGGACGUCCUUCCUCGCUUACGUUUUCUGGCUCAGGGUGGAACUGCUGUUGGCACGGGUCUUAACACGAAGAAGGAUUUCGACGUGAAGGUUGCAGCCGAGAUCUCCAACAUUACGGGUUUGAAAUUCCAGACUGCACCAAACAAGUUUGAAGCUCUAGCUUGCCACGACGCCCUUGCCGAGGCUCAUGGUGCUCUGAAUGUCAUCGCUUGCUCUCUGAUGAAGAUCGCUAAUGACAUUCGAUUCCUUGGCUCUGGUCCUCGCUGUGGUUUCGGCGAACUGAUGCUCCCCGAGAACGAACCUGGCAGCAGUAUCAUGCCCGGUAAAGUCAAUCCCACGCAGUGCGAGGCCGUGACUAUGGUCGCUGCUCAAGUGAUGGGCAACCAGACCACUGUCAGCAUCGCUAGUUCCAACGGACACUUCGAGCUCAAUGUCUUCAAACCCGUCAUAAUCAUGAACGUGUUGCAGAGCAUUCGUCUUCUUUCUGAUGCUUCCCGUUCAUUCACAAAGAAUUGCGUGGUUGGCAUCCGAGCUAACGAGAAGCGCAUCAACCAUCUCCUGAACGAGAGUUUGAUGCUGGCAACGAUCCUGAACAGCCACCUUGGCUAUGAUAAUGUAGCCAAGGCCGCAAAGAAAGCACACAGAGAAGGAACAACGCUGAAGGAGGCGACGGUUGCACUCCAAUUUCUGACACCCGAGGAGUUUGAUGAGAAAGUACGCCCGGAGCUGAUGCUGCACCCAGAUGAUGAAUAG